AUGAACAAGGAAACGGAUAUCGCAUUCAAAAUGGAGGGCGCAUCGGAGCAUGAUGUGCAAUUGGGAAAUCUCUCAAUUGACCCGGCCAGAGAACGAAAGCUCGUCUUAAAGCUGGAUCUCUUCAUCUGCCCCUUAGUUAUGCUCAUCUUCCUGGUCGCGUAUCUCGAUCGCAGCAACUUAGGGAGGACAUUGGCUUGGUUGGGAACCAGCUUGGAAAUGCCGUUUCCCUAUUCUAUGCAACAUACGUGUUUUUUCGAAAUCCCAUUUUCAAUGCUGCUCAAGAAAUUGCGUCCGAAUCGUUUAAUUUCGGCUCUCAUCAUUGGCUUUAGUGCCUCUAUCAUAUCGGCAGGCUUCAUCAAGAACGCAGCUGGUCUUUACAUAACCCGCUUGCUUCUGGGUGUUUUCGAGAGUGGAUUGUUUCCUUGCCUCACUGUGCUUUUGACAACUUUUUAUAAGCGCGAAGAGCAGGCACAAAGAAUAUCUUAUCUAUUCGUAUCAGCUGCGCUCAGUGGUGGAUUCGGUGGCUUGCUGGCCUUUGGUCUCCUUCGUCUUGAUGGGGCCGCCGGACUCGAAGGUUGGCGCUGGCUCUUUAUUGUUGAGGGUCUUAUGAGCGCAGUCAUCGGCAUCGCCACAUUCUUCUUCCUUCCUAACGAUUUCGAGACAGCUUACUUCCUUAAUGAGGAAGAUAAGGCCCUCAUGCGAAUCCGCAUGCAGUCAUCUGGGCAGUAUGCUGCAGAAGAAUCGUUUCACAUUCAGGAAGUUUGGAAGACACUAAAGGACCCCAAAAGUUGGUUGACAUCGCUCAACCAAAUUAGCGUCAAUAUCUGCUCCUUCGGAUUCAGCACUUUUCUACCAACUAUCAUCAAAGGGUUUGGCUACAGCUCAGUUCUCACACAGCUUCUUACAGUCCCUGUUUAUAUCUGGGCUUCCGUCUUCUACCUCGUCAUUGCUCAUUUCUCCGACAUGAUACGUAUGCGGGCAAUGUUCAUGGUGCCUCUGUGUCUCGUCACGGCUGUGGGGUAUGCAAUGAUGCUGGGAAUAGAUGUCCAUGCCAGAGGCCCACUCUACUUUGCCACAUUUGUUUGUGUCACUGGAAUCUAUUGUACUGUCGGCCUCGGUGUCUCCUGGAAUGCAAACAGCCACGCUGGAUACUACAAAAGAACCAUGGCUGUCGGCUUGCAACAGUCUAUUGGUAAUUGCGCCGGAUUGAUAGCUGGCCAAAUCUAUAAGUCGGCCACUAAUGGCCGUUAUGUCAUUGGACAUUCAGUGUCUCUUGCAGCCAUUUGUGUUGCCUUCUGCGGUAAUAUCAGUAUGUAUUUGCUUUUGAAGUAUCACAACAAUAAGCGGGCAAAGAUGACCCCGGAAGAACGAGAGGAAGUCAUUCAAUCUGGGUCGUAUGAGAAGAAAGGAGGCGACUACCACCCAGAUUUCAAGUAUAUCCUGUAA